CAUUGCUUUUUCUUAAGAAUCGAGAUGACUCAAUGAUUUAACCAAAACUUACUAAUAAAUUUUUUAACAGUCCACUUACAUUAAAUUACUGAUAACAUAUCAGUUACAAGAAAAGUAGUUCAGAUUCUAUAUAAAUAUAAUUAAAACUGUACAUUCUACCAGACAGUAACCGACCCGCAUCAUGGGCACAUUUUCAAACUGUUUGUUUCUCCUUUCCAUUAUUUUUAUUGGAAGCCAUGCAUUGGUCAGAGUUCCUUUAAAGAAAAUACAGAAUGAAGAAUUAACAGAAUUUGAUGAAUUUCAUAAGCAAAUUGAUAAUCUCAAGUCUCACUUUACUACCAAGUUAUCAGCGAACACUGGUUCAGUUGAGUCCUUGAGCAAUUAUAUGAAUACACAAUAUUACGGUGAGAUUGGUUUGGGAACUCCAUCACAGAAAUUCAGAGUAAUAUUUGAUACUGGAUCGUCUAAUUUAUGGGUACCAUCAAAGAAAUGUAGUUGGCUUAAUAUUGCCUGUUUGGUUCAUAGAAAAUAUAAUAGCAAAGAAUCCUCGACUUAUAUAGAAAAUGGAACUGAAAUAUCAAUGGCCUAUGUUUCUGGUAGCCUCAGUGGUUUCCUCUCAACUGACACACUUGAGAUUGCUGGGAUGGAAAUUAAAGGACAGACUUUCAUGGAGGCUACACAUGAGCCUGGUCUCACAUUUGUUGCAGGAAAAUUUGACGGAAUAUUGGGUCUUGCCUAUCCUAGUAUUUCAAAACUGAACGUUGUUACACCUUUAGAGAAUAUGGUUGCCCAAGGUCUUGCUUCUGGAGUUUUCUCCUUUUAUUUGAACAGAAAUACUGACGACAGUACAGGAGGAGAAAUUAUCUUUGGUGGAAUUGACAGUGAUCUCAUUGUUGAAGAAUCCUUACAUUAUGUUCCUGUUACCAGGAAGGCUUACUGGGAAUUCCAGAUGGACAAGCUUGAAGUAAACAAUAAUGCUGUGGGCUGUCUGAGUGGCUGCAGAGCAGUUGCUGACACUGGUACCUCCAUGAUCUUAGGGCCUGUUGCUGAUGUAGAAAAAAUUAAUGCUAUGAUUCCAGGAGUAGAAGGUCCAAGUGGUAUUAAAAUUGUAGAUUGCAAUGCUAUUGAUUCACUUCCUGAUGUUACAUUUAAAAUAAAUGGCAAACAGUAUACUCUUCAAGGAAAGGACUAUGUAUUGAAAUUUUCAGUUUUGUUCUCAACAAGCUGCGUGACAGGAUUUACAGGAAUGAAUUUACCUCAAAUUGACUGGAUUCUAGGAGAUGUCUUUAUUGGAAAAUUUUAUACAGUUUUUGAUGGUGAACAAGACAGAGUGGGAUUUGCAACCUUAAAAUAAAUUAUUGAUUUUAUUACCAUUAAUUUAUCUGAAUAAACUUUUAAUGUAAUGCAA